GCUGACUGCUGCCAAUUGCGUGACAAACAAAAUGGUGGUCAUGUUGUAACCUAUGUUGAUGUUUUCAAACUUUUUAUACGGCUGUGUGGACAUAUAAAAGGGAAAGAAUAUUAAGUGUUAAUAUCGACGUUGUACAAUGUCUACCAACGCAAAAGAUUAUCCGAAGGCAACUAUCCAUAUUGGAUUCAAUCCUAUCAGGAGACAUUCAGUGACUUCAAACAUAUGGGAUUAUGGGAAUACUGUUUUGACCAGUUCCGAUACCCAUACUAUCAGUUUGACAAGCUAUUUGAUGGUUGUCAUUACAUUUUCAGUCAGGAAUAUUAUGUCAUUCGGGAAUGGCUUCUGCCAGGUUGGCUGAUGGUAGUGCAGGCUUUUGUCACUUUGGCACUUAUGCUGUCAUUUUCAUCACAAAUCAUCAUUGCUUUAGAACUGAUACGUUGGCCUCUUGAAUUUGUUCUACUUUAUGAAUGGCUUUUGUCUGGCAUUGCUUUCAUAUGCAAUGCCCUUGCAGCAUUUUUACUCUUCCUGGCAGUAUCAAUCUUUGGUGGUGAAUGUUGGCGUCGUGAUUGGUUGAUGUAUCCAAAUUUCAACUACUUGUCGUGGUCUUAUGGAUUAGCAGUCAUUUCCAUGUUCUUACAUGGGUUUGCAGCUUUCUUUGUGUACUUGGACACUCGCAAGAUGUGGGAGUUGAGAAAGGAGAGUCGCAAUCUCGUGGUGCAGAUGCAUCCUAAUCCUGGGCGCAAUGGUUUUGUCUAAGACUAUAAUGUAAAAGAAAAAAUAGAAGACUGUUCCAUAGAGUGGAAUCAUGUUUACUCCCUUAUCAUUUUAUCUCUACAUGGUAGAAGCAGAAGAACACGAGGAUCCUUGUCUCGUCUGGUUUAUUCUAAUGCUGCAAUCAUUGAAGAAGCGUGUAUUUUCUGCUGUAUAUUCUGCAUGUUACAAGUCUGUCAAAGGGAUGAAUUACAUCUGUUAUGUCUGUUGUGUGAUAUAGCAUUCCUGAAUUCUAUACAGUAUCUGUCUUCUCUUUGUGAAAUGGAAAAAUGCAGUCUAAGAGCUGAAUUAUUAUUGAAACCAAUUUAUUUUUCAAUCUCAAGUGAUUUGAUCUGCAUAUUUUUGUAUUACUUUGUUAUCACUUUUUCUGUAAAUGUCCGUCAUUUGCCAUAUUGUACAGUUGUGUAUCUAGACAUUGUUAAGUGAUGAGUCAUAACAUUUUAUGGAAUUGUUAAUGUUAGAAACAAAGAAUCGUGACCAUCAGCAGUUUGCUGGUUCUGUAACUGUUAUAGAAACAUCCAGAAUUUGCUCCCUUGAAGAAACUGUAUCUGUGUGGUUCCUGUAAAUUACUUUAAUAUUGUCCCCAAGAAUAUAUUGAAACUUAUAUCAUAUCAGCUCCAUUCAUAUUAAAUAAUUCACUUGCUAUAAUAUUUUAUGCUCAAUAAUACAAAUAAUCACAAGAUAAUGCCUUAACAGUUGAGAACUGGAAUGUCGGUUAAAUCACCAGAAGGAGUAAUAUUCUUGAAAUAAACACAUUUAAAGUUAACUAUACAUAUUAAUCUUGAAAUGUAAUGGAAACAUUUGCUAAAAGUGCUGUACAUUUCAAAAUUAAAGUUUUGUAACAUAAAAAUGACUGUAAAACCUCAAACGUGAGAUUAAAAACACUGCACUAACAUUUAAAUAAGAUUAUUAAGUGUGAGUUUUAUAAUUUACAACAGGUGUAUUUUUCUAUGAUAUUAGACAAUCAAAUACUAGGGCACCAUAUACUCACAGGUGGAAACAAGUCAGUAUUGUGUGAAAUUUCAACGCACUUCUUAGUAAGGUGUUAGAUAUUGUUUUUUGAAAAGGAAUGUCACAAGAGACAUUGUUGUACCUAUUUCCACGUGUUUCAGAGACAGCUCAAGCAUUUGUAGAAUUCUUAAUGGUUCAUACAAGGGAAGUUUUUUUCAUUAAUUUUUUUAAAUGAAGUUAUAGACCAAACUGAUAUGUAUUUAUAAUAAUGAUGACAACAAUUAAAUUAGUUGCUUUCAGUUUGGUGUUAAAAAGUACUUAAAACAUUUUUGUACAGGUAUACACACACAUAUUUGAAUCUCAUUUUUGUUUCACUGCAUUUGUGGUGCUAAUUAGGAUACAGCGGUGUCAAAAAUGUUAUAUAUGAGAUUGGCUGAGUCAUUUGAUGACCGUCUUUAAUGGUAUUAUAUGAAUUUAAUGCAUAAUGUUUUGAAUUUUAUUUUACUUAGAAUCAUUUGUAAAUAUUUAAUUAUGUGAACUUUGAAAAUUCACAUAAGUAAUUUGUUACUACAAAACUUUUACCUAUCUAUAGUUAUCAUUUGUUACAUUUUAUUUACCCAAGAACCUCUUUCACUAACUGUAUGAACGUAUAUAAUGUGUUAUUAUCUAAGUUUAACAUGUAAAAGGAAUUUUAUGUCAAUUUGAAUAAUAAGAAAUUCCUGAUAUUAUUGUGUAAUAGUGUUUCCUGACUAUAGUGUGUUUGGGAUGUUAGUUCUUGUGAACAGCGUAAUAAUGUGCAUUUGACAUUGUUCUGGCAGCGGUCAAUUAUCAGCAUGGAAUGGUUACUCUGGAGGAAAUUUACUAUUGUAGUCAGGAGGCAGAAUGUAUCCACCUGCUGAAAUGUUGAUCCGCCCAUCAGUAUAUCCAAAUUGUUUCCGUCCAGAAUGUAAGAAAUAACAAUUUCCCUCAAUUUCAGUAUUUCUAUCAGUAUUGAAGCCAGUUCAAAGUUGGUACGCAUGACAACAGUUGGAUGCUUGUUUCCUGAUAUAUGCCCUAUUCUCUCUGGUUUACCAAAUAUUUGGAAUCUCAGUACAUGCCAUAAUGUAAUGGUUUCUCAUAGACAGCAUUUGUAGAGCUGGUUUUUUAAAAGUGUUAUGGAAUAAAUGUAAAUACAUAUGGAGGCACAAGUGAGUAGAAAUCCUAUACAACAUAUAUAUGUGUCUUGCAUUUUAGUUGAAAUCGGGAAAAAAAUAUAGUAAAUAAGGUGACCAUAAUGCUCACAAUUGCAGCCUCUAUGCAAUUAAAUUUCAAGAGAUUCCUUAAAAACUUAAAGCGGCACACUGAAUUUAUGUCACAACUUCCACUUAUGUACAUGUGCAUUUUGUACUGGGGAGUGUGAAAAUGUUGAGGAUUACUGACCUGACCCUAAAGCAGUAUGUAGACAACAGAAGGAAUUAGGAUAGCUGAAUUGGUAUAGUGACAGGCUACAGGCUGGACAGCUGGGUUUCAAUUUCCAACAGGGAAAGAGAUUUUUCUCUAUUCCACAUCAUCCAGACUGGCUCUGGGACCUACCCAGUCCCCUAUGUGAUAGGUGCCAGCAGCUCAUCUCCGUUUAGUACCAAGGUCAAGAAUGGCAUAUACCCGAGUUCCUCCAUAUGUUUUCAUGGUGUGCAUAAUUAAUUAAGCACAGGGACAUCUUUACAUUUACCUUUUUGUGUAGGCAAUAGAAAUAUUUAUCAUGUCUACAUUUUAAUUACUGCGCUUACCGACUAGGGUAAAUAAGCACAAGACUCAACAGAGAUGUUACUAAUCCCUUCAGUGUGACUAGUUGCAAUGCAAUUUUUCAAGCCUUUAUCUGAACCUCUUAGCAAGAAUAAAAUUGUGAGAGAAAAUUAAUUUGCAACAAAGAACUAUUUUCUUCACUUUGUUUAAGAUUCACAGUAUCUUUGUUCCCUAACUCAUGGCAGAUUAAUCAGUGUGACAGCAGUCUUAAUGAGUGGCAUAAAGAAAUAAUCAUUAUUUGUAUGGCAUAUAAACAAAGAUACAUUUACUACCAUUAAUACAAACUUGUAUUGGCAGUCAACAUUUUUAUAUGAAAAGGGCUGUAAUGUUUGGUUUCCCUCUUUCAACAUAUGAUUAGAUCAGCUGUUGAGAGGUGAAUUCUGAAACCCUUCAUGUAUAAUGUUAAAGUAAACUGUCUCAAUUCAGUGGGAUUUGUAUUAUUAUUUAUUCAUUGUAAUUAAUACUUGUUAUCCUAUCUACUAGUAUUGUAAACGAACGUGGAAAACUACUCCUGUUUGGAGUACAUACAUUUUUAAAUGCAUUCCUAGCAAUUUUACAUACUUGACUGGAUUUGAAGUUUUAUUUGUUAAUGCAAAAGAAAAGAAAUGCAUAAAAUGUGUACAUACAGGACCAAUUAAAAGACCAUGAUGUAAAUGACUGAUGUUGAAGCUUUAUAGAUUGUGAUAAUGCUGAUUGAGAUGAUAUGGUUAAGAACAUGAUUUAAUGGCACAUGUAUGUUUUUACUGUAAUAUUAUAGCAUGAAGAUGAACGUUUGACUUUAGUGCUGAGGCUCAUGAAGUUAACUUCCAUAAAUGUGAGUUCACUCAAGGGAGAUUAAGCACCAACAAGGACUGCUGGUAGUUUUAUAUGAGUGUGGUUCAUUGGUGGUAUGAUUGCUAGGAGAAAACUGAUGUACCUUAAGAAUAUUCCCCCACUUAUAUCUU